AGGAGGCACAGCUUUUGACUGAUGACAAAGCAAAUCUGAUCACAGAAUCGUGUCCAAUGCCGGAGUGCCCAAACCCUUCAUGUCUUUAAAACAAGGCCGCUCAUUCACCAGCCGUUGGCUCGCUACACUCUUUCGUCCAUUCAUGUCAGAGCCUCCUCCUGAUCUCAUUUGUCUACGGUUCCAACUCCCGCAGAGUAUCAUUACGCCUACUAUGUCAGUGAGAGAGUGGUCCUCAUGGAUGGCGAAAUCAGUUGAAGAUCUUGAAAAUCGUUACCAGUCAUGUCCUCUUAAUCGAAUCGAAUAUUGUAAAUGUGCAGAAGGUGCCGAACACGAAUUUCUUGUGUUCUAUUUCCGACACUGGAGCAGCUCUUCAGCUGAGGCUGUAGUAUGUGCGGAUCGCACUGUCCACCCACGACAAAACUGUAGCUCCGCACAGUCAGAACUACUCUCUCCAUCUUCAUUUGAAACCAAUGCACUUGACCAUGUGUACCUUCUUGGUCCGCCUCGUAAUGCAGCGUCAUUCCUUAAUGACAGAUUCCCGCGAUACAACACACUUUGUACUCUACGGUUCCUGGACCCUGCACCUUCAGCGCUUCAAAUAUCUGUUGUACUGUCUCUAGUACAUCGACAAGCCCCCUCAUAUCACUUGUAUGGAGAGCAGUGCUACUGGUUCUCGCACACCUCCUGGAUGAGCUUGGCAAAAAUUUUCCCCAAUAAUCAAGAAUUGUGCAACAACCAUAAUGCACGCUGUCGCUACCGUGGGAUCGCAGUAGGAUUGUCAGAUCAGGGUUUCAAGGCUGUAGUUGCGGCUUAUGAGCUGGAGUGGCAGAACACGUUGGACAUACUCCAGGGCGAAAUACUCCGCCGGGCAGCUCCGAUUCGACGACUUGAAGAAGAAACUGAGCGUCUCCGAGCACAGGAAGUCGAAAAUGCCCACAUUCGUGAAGCAAUGGAAGUCGAAAAUGCUCAACUUCGUGAAGCAAUGAUGCAACGAGAGCACCAAGCACAGGCCGAAAUCGAGGAACUUCGUGCAAAGCUACAUACAGCUUUAGCGUGCAGAACAGCUGAUAUUUGAUGUAUUUGCACUAAUACGACGAAGGGGCGAAUGAUGAUGUUCAAUAUCUUGUCAAUUAAUACAAACGGAGGACUCUAUGGCGAUGAGAGUGUUUGUAUCGUUGGACGAGAGUGGUGUUGAGCGCAGGUUGAGAUCUGUUUGGAUCGUGUAUUCAGCGUUGGUGCGAAGGCGGCGCGGGAGGAAGGAGGUUACGAAGACUUGUACUGUUUGUGUUACAGCAUGGUUGUGGAGGUGAUGGUGUGCGUUUAAUUAUCAAUGUAUGUCAAGCUUACCUGUGUCAUUAUCCUCGUGUUCUAGUUGUCAUCCCCAUUUCAUCGAUGUUCAGAACCCAAUUGCAAAGGCUAUCGUUUGUCCUGAGUUCACACAAACAGACGCGGCCGAUGUGUACAAAUAUUGGC